AUGGCACCCAAGAACUGGACAAAGGAGAGCUUUACGCUCAACACUGGCGCAAAGAUUCCUGCUGUUGGCCUCGGAACCUGGCAGUCAAAGCCUGGUGAGGUCCGUGAAGCUGUCAAGGCUGCUCUCCAGGGCGGCUACCGUCACAUUGACACUGCACUUGCAUAUGGCAACGAGAAGGAAGUCGGCCAGGGUAUCAAGGACUCUGGUGUUCCCCGUGAGGAGAUCUGGGUCACCACCAAGCUCGACAACCCAUGGCACAAGCGCGUCGAAGAAGGCAUCAACAGCUCGCUGAGCAGCCUUGGCCUCGACUACGUCGAUCUCUACCUCAUGCACUGGCCCUCGUCGACCGACCCAGAUGACCUGAAGAAGCACUACCCCGACUGGGACUUCAAGGACACCUGGGCUGAGAUGCAGAAGCUGCCUGAAUCUGGCCGCGUGAAGAACAUCGGUGUCUCCAACUUCGCUAUCAAGAAUCUCGAGAAGCUCUUCGCCGACUCCCGGUUCAAGAUCACGCCUGCUGUUAACCAGAUCGAGCUCCACCCCAACAACCCCUCGCCCAAGCUCCUCGACUACUGCAAGGAGAAGGGCAUCCACUGCACCGCCUACUCAUGCCUUGGCUCCACCGACUCUCCUCUGUACAAGAACGAGAAGCUCAAGAAGCUUGCCGAGAGCAAAGGAAAGUCUGUCCAGCAGGUCCUGCUGAUGUGGGGUCUCCAGCGCGGCACCAGCGUCAUCCCCAAGUCUGUCACAGCAUCUCGCAUCAUGGGCAACUUUGAGCUUGAUGGCUGGGAGUUGACCGAUGAGGAGAUGAAGGAGAUUAGCUCGCUGCCUGAGCGCUUCAAGGUUUGCGGAGACGCCUGGCUGCCCGUCAAGGUGUUCUUUGGCGACGACGAGUAG